AUGAUAACUUAUCAUCUCAAUAUUAUAUAAACAAGAUAUGUCUCAUCUGUUCUGCUCUUCUUCUCCUUCUUGUCUCAAAGAUCUAAGCUUUUUCAAUGUUAAAAAUUUCUUUUUCUCUAUUUACAAAUACCAUCACCAACCUUUUCUUUAAAAUCCCAUUUUUAUAGUUUCCAAUAUUUCUUAGUUUUGGCUUAUAAUAUUCUUUUUUUUAUGUGAUCUAAGCUGAGGAAAAUUAAAUAGAAAUGUCUGUGAGUAUGAUAAUGAAGAAAAGGGAAGUUGAAGGUUCUUCUGGAUAUAUGCAUGCAUUAUCAUCUGUUUGUGUUGAUCAAAAAGAGAAAUUUAAAGAAGAUCAGAGAUUUUUUUGUGGUAAUAAUAAAAAGAUGGUUUUUUAUGAAGGGAAAAUUAAUGAAGAAAAGUCAUUGAAUUCAUGUAGUUCUUCAUCUUCUAUUGGAAAAAAUAGUGAUAUUUCAGAAGGAUCAAUGGAAAAAACAGAUGAUUCUGAGGAAGUUCAGAGUUCUUAUAAAGGUCCUCUGAAUUCUAUGGAAACUCUAGAAGAAGUUCUACCAAUGAGAAAGGGUAUCUCAAGGUUCUAUAAUGGAAAGUCAAAAUCAUUCACAAGUUUAAGAGAAGCUUCAACUACAUCCUCAACAAAAGACUUGGCAAAGGCAGAAAAUGCAUAUAUUAGGAAAAGAAGAAACUUAUUGGCUUGUGGUUUAGCUUGGGAUACUAACAAAAACAGAGGUGGAAUCUCAAAAAGAGUAACAAAUUCAAGUAGAACGACACUAGCAUUAGCAGCAGCUAUGAAUUGUUGUUCAUCAUCAGGUUCAGGACUUAGCAGCAUUAGUGAAAACACAACAAAUUCUAACACAAUGUCCUCAAGAUCAUCUGCUCCUUUCGUGUCGCGCUUUAAUCCUCAUUUCAAAGAGUACAACCUCAACCACAACCACAACCAUUGUAAUGGAUCGAAUCCUCCUCUUUGUUUAUCGCCAUUAGCUCGUGGGAAUUUCUCGGGUUGGAGAUCAUUCUCCUUGGCUGAUUUGCAGCACUGCGAGUUUGUUUCUGUUACAACAAGUCCUACAUUAGAAACUACUGUUGCUGUUGCUGCUGCUGCUGCUGCUGGUUGUAAUACCAAAGUGGAAAAUGAGCCAACUUGAGCAUAUAGAAUAAUUUCUUGUCCAAGAAUUUCCGUACUAGUAUAAACAGAAUUUCUUGUUCGGUUUAUUUAGCAAGAGGAUUCAAGAAUUCUUGUCCUUUUAGCUAGCAAGUCUCAAGGCCCAUCGUUAAUAGAAGCAUCUAACAUCCUUUGGAUAACAUAGGUAUUGUUCACUCCCGCAGCAUGUCAAUUAGUUAACCAUCUACAUAUUUUAGUAGAUAUGCGCACUUAACGCUGCAACUCAUUGAUCACUUCAUGUUGGGAGAUGUGAAAAAGAAUGAAUGAACGAACGAAUGAAUGAGAAAUUUGGGGAGUAA